CUAAAAGCCCUUCAAAACCCAAGAUAAUACCCCCCUCUCUCUCAAAUUUCAGUACUUUUUUUAUUGCUCAGCUUGGCGCCAUCGUACACAAAGUCGUCUCUGAAGCAGAUCGCGAUCUGAAUUUUCUUUUCCCAGAAGGUCGCCAUGGCUGCUUCAGAAGAGAAUAGUGCGUUGUUUCCCAUUUUCAUUUUAACAAUAAUGGCACUGCCUUUAGUGCCUUAUACCGUAAUGAAGUUGUGCCGAGCAGCAUCCAGAAAACCAAAGGUCAUUCAUUGCCAGUGUGCAGAUUGUUCUCGUUCAGGGAAGUACCGCAAAUCCAUAUUUAAGCGGAUCUCAAACUUCUCAACAUGUAGUAACCUGACUCUGGUGCUGCUCUGGAUCAUCAUGAUAUUCCUGGUUUAUUACAUUAAAAACAUGAGCGGGGAGAUUCAAGUGUUUGAGCCUUACAGUAUACUUGAAUUGGAGCCUGGAGCUUCAGAUGCUGAAAUAAGGAAGGCAUAUAGGAGGCUUUCUAUUUUAUACCAUCCAGAUAAAAACCCAGAUCCAGCGGCUCACAAGCAUUUUGUGGAGUACAUAGUUAAGGCUUAUCAGGCUCUCACAGACCCAAUAUCCCGUGAAAAUUAUGAGAAAUAUGGUCAUCCAGAUGGAAGACAAGGCUUUCAAAUGGGCAUUGCCCUUCCUCAGUUCCUUCUGGACAUAGAUGGGGCAUCUGGUGGCAUACUUUUACUCUGGAUUGUUGGUGUUUGUAUUCUUUUGCCAUUGGUGAUAGCUGUUAUAUAUCUCUCAAGAUCGUCAAAGUAUACUGGAAACUAUGUGAUGCAUCAAACCUUAUCCACUUACUAUUACUUAAUGAAACCUUCACUGGCCCCAAGCAAAGUUAUGGAUGUCUUUACUAAGGCUGCUGAAUACAUGGAAAUUCCAGUUCGUAGGACUGAUGAUGAACCUCUCCAGAAGCUUUUUAUGUCAGUCAGGAGUGAGUUGAAUCUGGACCUUAAGAACAUUAAGCAAGAGCAGGCUAAAUUCUGGAAGCAGCAUCCAGCUAUAGUAAAGACAGAGUUGUUGAUUCAGGCACAAUUAACCCGUGAAUCAGCUGCCUUAUCUCCAGCUCUGCUUGGUGAUUUCAGGCGCAUGCUAGAACUUGCACCUCGCCUCCUUGAAGAAUUAUUGAAGAUGGCAGUUGUACCACGAACUGCACAGGGUCAUGGUUGGCUGAGGCCUGCUAUAGGAGUUGUUGAGCUGUCUCAAUGUCUUGUUCAGGCUGUUCCACUUAGUGCAAGAAAGACAACUGGAGGAUCUAGUGAAGGAAUUGCAUCUUUCUUGCAGCUGCCACAUUUUAGUGAGGCUGUUAUCAAAAAGAUAGCCCGCAAGAAGGUGAGAACAUUUCAAGAUCUUCGAGACAUGACUGUGGAGGAUCGUGCUGAACUUCUAACUCAAGCAGCUGGAUUUUCUUCUGUUGAAGUACAAGAUGUUGAGAUGGUAUUGGAAAUGAUGCCUUCCUUAACGGUUGAAGUUACAUGUGAGACUGAGGGAGAAGAGGGCAUACAAGAGGCUGACAUUGUAACAGUUCAAGCUUGGAUAACACUCAAGCGUGGUAGUGGCUUGAUUGGUGCUCUCCCCCAUGCCCCCAAUUUCCCAUUUCACAAGGAAGAAAAUUUCUGGUUUUUGCUUGCGGAUGGUGUCUCAAACAAUGUGUGGUUUUCCCAAAAGGUGAGCUUCAUGGAUGAAGCUGCAGCCAUAACAGCUGCUUCAAAAACAAUUCAGGAGACAAUGGAGGUUUCAGGAGCAAGUGUUAAGGAGACAAGUGAAGCAGUUAAAAAUGCUGUAGAGAAGGUGCGAGGUGGCUCCAGAUUGGUGAUGGGCAAAUUCCCGGCCCCAUUGGAAGGAAAUUACAAUUUGACUUGUUACUGUUUGUGUGACUCCUGGAUAGGUUGUGAUAAAAAGACAAACUUGAAGGUUAAAAUCCUCAAAAGAACACGGGCUGGCACCCGCAGUGGUCAUGUAUCAGAAGAAGGACUGCUUGUGGAGGAUGGAGUUGAAGAGGAAGAGGAGAAUGAAGAGGAGUAUGAUGAUUAUGAGAGUGAGUACAGUGAAGAUGAGGAAGAUGAGAAGUAUACAAAAAAGAAGGGCCCUGCAGCUAAUGGCAUGGUGAAUCAAAAAGGCUCAAGCUCUGAAGGUUCAGGCACAGAUGAGGAAUGAAACAAAUAAUUCCAUUUAUCAUUUAGACUAAUAAGCCCUUUUUUUUUUGACAUUUUCUUUUUGUACUUUAAAUUGGCCACAAGGAUAGAUAUUAAUAUUUGCUAAUUAAUUGGCAGAGAUUCAGAGUUUUGAUAUUAUAGACGUGUGGGGUUAACCCAUUGCAGCA